GUUUAAUUUUUACAUCGGAAUCUAAAAACAUAAGGUAGUAGUAGACUAUUAGUUUAGGCGGUCUUUUCUAUAUUCAAGGUACUCGACGAAGAUACAAUUUGCCUCAAUUUGUCUGAGGGAUCUGUCAAAAACAAAAAUGCUGAGGGCCUGCCGCGAAAAAAGAAAAUCUAAAUUUUGUGAUCUGCUUCUCUAUCACUCUUGCAUAACUCUUGCAAAUUCGAGCGAUAGGCAGCGAAAUUACGAUUUUCGUGGUAGGCCUUCUGAUCAGGCAAUAAAUUGGCCUAUCGAAUUGUUUUUUUAUUAUUUGGCAUGUAAAUAAUAUAAAUCAUUCUUGAUUUGGUCUAUAACAUUCGAUGUUUUAAAAGGUAGCUGAAACAGUGUGAAAGUAGGUUGGCAACCCAAACCAUUUUUUGAUCUGGCAAGAGGGAAAAAAACAAUACCAAUGUCAUAUGGUAUUUUAAAAAUAUCCGUUACCUACACAAAAUAAAAUCGGUUGUAACUUCUGUUUUGUUUUUAAUCCUUUUGAGUGCGAGUGACGAAAAUAGCGAGACUUAAGUCGAUUGACGAAGUUUUUCCUUUAGUGGCACGAAAGUUCGAGGGGCUGAAGGCCGGAUGUUCUCUAAUAUAGUAACUGUCGAUCCGUCUCCGACCUACAAUAAAAACAGGAGUUUGAGCAACAUAUAUCAAAAGUUUCAAAGUCUUCUCGGCCGUGGUGCGGAUAUUGACAUCGGCAGCUGUGUUAAAGAGGACAUGUUAUCUGCGAGGAGCAGUACGGUCGCAUCAGAGGACAGUUUCAUUACGCCGGUGUCUUCGGUCGGAGAUCUGAUGGCGAUGUCACCGCGACGCAAGGAGGCCCAGGAGUCUGCUGAUGUGACGAGUGACCUGCUCACGGGUGCUGACUUCGACAGUGUUUGUGAUAUAACCAUGCAGGAAGUUCAACAUUACGAUGAACCUUUGUACAUCGAUCCGACAAGUAUGGACUAUCUAGUGAAGUGUGCCGAAUCCACUCGCAGCAACAGUCACGUAGACCGCGGCAAGGAAAGCUUGUUUAUAAAAUUCGAUCCGCUUUACGCUCGACAGAAAUCUCCAGCCACUCCUGAAUCCCUCCCGGACUCCACAGAGGCUGAUAUAGGCUACGAAACGGGAAGUGCUGCAUCCAUUUUCGCUGACAACAGCGUUGCUACGCCUAAGCAUUCAAUGUCUGUAGGAUCUAUCUCUAGUGCAUGGGAAAAACCAACUCAAGUAGUUCCACCUGUCAAAAACCAUUCACCUAAGACUGAAGGUAAACCAAUACCACAGUUGGUUCGAAGUGCCUCUGCAAUCCUAUCUUCUAGUCACGUAGCUACAGACAGGCUCAUAAAUUUCAUAGGGAGCACUCCGCCUGUGGCUGCUCCGCGCAGUCCUCACCACCGUUCCAACACCCACCAGGUUGACAAGCUACGUUCUCUUCAAAUAACACUCCAGCGGCAAGAACAUGAAUCUUUAUUACUCCGACAGGAAAAUGGAGAUCUCAAAUCUGCGUUACACAACAUUGAGAGUAGAUAUGCAAGUACUGUUGAGGAGUUAGAGUUAAAAGUUAAGAAGCUUACGGAUGAAAAACAUAAUUUGAUAGAAAGAGAAAACCAGCUACUUCAACAGCUUCAUGAUAAGAACCUGAAUAACAAACAAAUGGGUGUAGUGAUGGAAGAAUAUGAGAAAACUAUAUCUUCUCUGAUUGGUGAGCAUCAGCGGGAGCAACUACUGACGCAGGAAAUGCAACAAAAACUAAGCGCUGAACGAGACCAAGCUUUAAGUCACUUAGCAAGCAUGGAAAGUUCGUUCAACGACUUGCUGUCCAAGUAUGAAAAAUGCAAAAGUAUUAUUAUGGAGCAUAAAGAAACAGAAAAAAUAUUUGAGCAAAAAAUUACAGAGUAUGAAGCUGGUUUGAAAAAAUAUGAAGAACUUUAUACAAACUUGAAACAAAUCACUGCAGAGAGCUUGGCUAAAGCUAAUGAAACAUUGGAAACUGUAAAGAAAAACCACAGUGUGGAGCUGACAAAGUUAAAUGCUACCAUCAAAAAGCAUGAGAUCAAAAUUUCGUCUUUAGAAGAGUCACUGACUCAAAAAACCAGAGAUAAUGAGGAGUUAACAAGAAUUUGUGACCAGCUCAUUAAUGAGGUGCACUAGAGUGCAUCUUUUGGCACCAUUUUAGAGAUAUUUAACUGUCUAUUAUCUAAAAUCUCUGUGAUGAAUCUCUACAAUUAUGACAUUAUUAUGACUUUAGUUGUAGUUAGAUAUAUUAUAACUUUUUGAUUAGGAACUUAUAUAUCAAAUAAUGCUAUCUUAUGUUGUGGCUUAUUUGAUAUUCCAUUUACAGGUCUUGGUGCUUGUUGACUAAUUUGUAGGAACUGUUUUAAAAAUGUACAUUGUGAAUUCAUUUUUUAUAAAUUCCCUUAAAAAAUAUAAGACAGCUUCUACUAGCUAGAUUAGACUUCAAACUUGUAAACAUAAAACAUGUUUAACACUUUACAUAUAUGUCACUAGAUAAGUUUUGCAAUAGACAAAUAUGAAACAAAUAGAUUUAUACUUUGUAUGAAAUGAGAAUGUCAUAUAAAAUAUUUGUAAAUCCUCUAUAGCCCACUCCAAGAUUUUAAAAGUUUUAAUCUAUUUUUUGAUAGCAAAUGUUUUUCCACCAAACAUUGUCUAUGGAAAUAUAGUUUCAAAAAGUAUAUGUGAUAGGCCACCUCUCUUUCAUAUUUGUCCAUUGCAAAACUUAUCUAGUGACCUAUCUAUAAUAACAAACUCAAUUAACAAAUUAUGUGUAAACACUGUAAACUAAUCAAGUAUUGUCCUUAAUGCCCUUAUGUUGUUAAUUGCCUUGUUUAGACGCUUGACUGACUUAAAAUAUUUAUUUCUGUGUUUUUUUUUCUGACUGUCAAUUAAUUAUUGCGUCCAAAUCCCGCCUAUUUUUAGUAUAGGCGGUUACUGGUGCUCAUACACUGGCUGUUUAUAUAACAUAGUGUGACAGGGAAAACAAUAAAACACAAUACAUUUUCUCUCUGCCACAUGUGGCAUCAUGAUGUGAUAUAACUUUAUAUAACAGCUAAUGUACCUACACCACCAUAAGUUUAGGUAUAUUAAAGAUUCAACUAUAAAUUGAGAGAUUUAAAAUAUUGUGCAAAAUAUUAAACAGUUUUUCUUGUCUUUAUUGCCAUACCUACCUGCCUACCCAGACUUUACUGCAUCUAAUUCAUAGGACUGAGGUGUAGUGCUUCUUCAUUUCACCUUAUUCUACAAUAUAAGAGCCCUUGUUUACGUGCUUGAUGCUUGUACUUAGAUUACAUUUUUCUGAAAUAAAAAGCUGUAAUUAAG